UAUCAUACGUUCUCUGCAUAUUUUUGAGUGUUAAAAGUUCUCUCUACAUAUUGCUUCGUGACUCCACGUGUUGUUCCUUAACACUAUUAGAGAAUUAAAGUUGAAUUUCUAGAAACAAAUAAACUUUUAUUAAUAACAAUCCAAUGGGACGGAAAGCAGAAUUUAGUGAGAAGCCAAAAAAAGGUCCUGGCCGGAAGGCUCGAAAGCAAAAGCCACCCACAUUCCCGAAAAAAUCGUUCGCACCUUCAGAUGAUAAGGAUGAUAAAAAACUAUCCCAUCGCCAAAAGCAACGCUUGGUUAAGCGUGAUCAGAAAAAAGAUAUCCAAAAAAUAAAAAAACAAAAAUUCAAUAUGAAGUUAAGCCAAGAAAAUAAUGGUAAAUCUAAAGAUAGGAGGAAGCAAUAUAGUGACGGUGACGAUAUAAUCGACGAUGUUAAAAUUCAAAAUAAAUGUGACACAGAAGAACUAGAUGGAAAAGUGGGCAUCCGGCAGGAUUUAAAAUCUCGGAAAAAAAAGUUGUUGGGUUUUACUGAUGAUAAUCAAGAUUGGCUGAAACCAAAGCAAUCGAAAAAAUUAAAGAGAUUAAAAAGUAUAGACGAUCAAGAAAUGAACAAUGGUGAAGAUGAAAAAGAUUUAUGGGAAGGACAAACCGAAAGCGGGAGGGAACAGAAUGACGAUGAGGAUGCUAGUAAAGAAGCUCUUAAAGUUGAAAAUCUAGAUGAUAUAUCAGAUUAUGAUGAUGAAAAUGAUAAUUCAGAUGACGACUUUGAAUUAUCUGAUGAAGAGGGUAAUGAUACUGAUUCUACCAAUAGCGAAUCCGAUGAUAAUGAAGCUGAUGAUACUCUAUUACCGAUCGAACGGGAAAAUAAGAAGUUAAGGAAACGUGAAGCCAAAGAAGCUAAAAUGGGUACUCAGGAAAUGCAAAUGUCUAUUGAUCGGCAGGAGGUUUUCAAAUUCCCAGAGAGAGAUGAAGAAAACCAAAAGGAAAUAACACUUCAGGAAAUACAACAACGUAUUAAGGAUAUUACUCUUGUAUUAUCUGAUUUCAAAAAGUACCGUCAAGAAGAUCAUUCUCGACAAGAAUAUUUAGAUCUAUUGCGACAUGAUCUUUGCAUCUACUAUAGCUAUAAUGAUUUUCUUAUGGGAAAAUUAAUGGAUAUUUUCCCAUUGACAGAAUUAAUGGAGUAUUUAGAAACAUCAGAAGUUCCUCGUCCUCUUACAAUUCGUACGAAUUCAUUAAAAACACGUAGAAGAGAUUUGGCGGCAGCAUUAAUUAACCGAGGCGUUAACUUAGAUCCUUUGGGUAAAUGGACUCAAGUCGGUUUAGUCGUUUAUAAUUCGCAAGUUCCACUUGGGGCUACUCCCGAAUACUUAGCUGGUCACUAUAUGAUUCAAGGUGCAUCCUCAAUGCUACCAGUUAUGGCUUUAGCACCGCAGGAGAGUGAACGUAUUUUAGAUAUGUGUUCUGCACCAGGCGGCAAGGGAUCACAUAUUGCUGCGAUUAUGAAGAAUACAGGCGUUCUUUUUGCUAAUGAUGCCAAUAGAGAGCGGAUAAAAGCAGUAGUGGCCAAUUUUCAUCGCCUUGGCGUUAUUAAUGCUAUUAUUAGCUGUGAAGAUGGCUGCAAAUUUCGUAAUGUAAUGUCAGGAUUUGAUCGUAUUCUCUUAGAUGCACCGUGCACAGGCACAGGUGUUGUGGCGAAAGACCCAAGCGUCAAAUCAACAAAGAAUGAGGUCGAUGUACAGCGUUGUUACAAUCUUCAACGCAAGUUGUUGUUAACAGCCAUUGAUUGUGUAGAUGCUAAAUCUAAAACCGGUGGAUACAUUGUGUAUUCAACAUGUUCGGUAUUACCUGAGGAGAAUGAAUGGGUUAUAGACUAUGCCCUCAAAAAACGAAAUGUUAAGCUUGUUCCAACUGGUUUAGAUUUUGGUGUUGAAGGUUUCACAAAAUAUCGUCAAUAUCGCUUCCAUCCUAGUUUAAAUUUGACUCGCCGUUAUUAUCCCCAUGUACAUAAUAUGGAUGGAUUUUAUGUUGCAAAAUUGAAAAAGUUCUCAAACACUAUACCGAUGACUAAGGAACAGCAAGAAGCAGAUGAAAAAGAUUUGGAUGACGCGAUAGCGAAUGCUAAAUCAAUAGAGAAUGAGAAUUCCAACAUUAGCGAACAGUUGGAAUGUGAAGAGACGCGGCCCCGGAAACCACUCGGAAAACACGCUGGAAAGCCAGACUUGUCGGAAGUAGAAUUGGACUUAAAGAAGAGAAAAUUGCAACAGAAUAAGAAUAAAUAUAUUGCUAAUGUUUUUGAAAAACCAUUAAAAGUAAAUAAGAAUGAAAUGGAAGUGAAACCAGAAAAUCAAACUACAACAGUUGAGAAGCAAUUAAAUGUGGUUGAAUUAAAAAAUAGUAAAAAUCAUGGAGCACAAAUUGGUUCUGAAUGCAAAAAGGUACAACGGAAGUUGAUUACAAAAAAACAGAAAGAACUCCCUCAAUUGUUAGAGGGAAAGUCAUUUGCAGGACAAAAUAAAUUGAAGCAGAAAUCGAAACUGAUUGGUCAAUUGAAAAAAGACAAAUCCAUGAAAAAGCACAAAAAUACAAUUUGCUAAUUAACAAAGUUGGUUUAAAAUUCAUUUCAAAAAUCGGAAAAUAAAAUAUGUUAGUGUACGUUAUUUUGAAAUAUAUGUAACUUAUUACAUAUUUUUAUAAAUUUAAGAAAUGCUAAAUGGUUUGAAUAAAAUAGGUUUUAAAUAAUAUAUAUAUCGAUAUAAUAAUAUAUCGAUUGUAAUAAGGAAUUAUUCUACUUAUUUUAUUUUAUUUCCAUUUUAUCAAACUUUUAUUGUCAUGAAAAAGCUUAAAAUAUAAUUUUCCUUUUUACUUUUGUGUGUUGUUUGUUUGUUUCGAAUCAUAGAAAAAUAUCUUAUAUAACUUUAACACACUAAUCAACACUUAAUGAACUUUUGGAAAUUAUCAAAGUGUAUUCAACAAAGUGAACCAGGUAUAUGACAUAUCACAAUUUUUUACCCGAAUGUGACAUGUUUGUUGCCAUUGAUUUAACCCAUACAUUUAUUCAAAAAUUCAAAUUUUGAAAUUCAAAAGUAAACAAAUUUCAAACCAAAAAAAAAAAAUUUUAAAUGAAUAAAAGAAAAUGCCGAAUACUUUCUGCUUAGGCAAAACAACUCAUGGAAGCAAUUUACUAACUUACUUUAGCAAUUUAAGGUUUUGUGCUCCAACUGACAAAUUGCAAAAAAUUUUAUCAAUAUAUAUUAAAUUGUUAAAGUUAAAAAAGACGGGUUAAUGUAAACAAAUACAUGAAUUGUUUACUAUUUUAUUGUCAAAAGCGGCAAUGUUAGCAAAAGGUUUAGUCAAAGUUGAAAGCGUCAGCGAAGAUUGUGUUGGAGAAGGAAAUGAAUAUUCGAGGCAAUUUGAAAUGGAUAAUUUCUCACAUGUUCCUGAGGAUAUUGCUCGGUACGAUCAUUAUCGGGUAUACAAU